AUGGAAAUGUUAUCUAGCCUUGGAGAUAUGUUGAACACAGUUCAAAGCGAACUUUCAACUGGUGUUGAAAGAUUGAGGCAGAAUGUUUCCACGAAUAUAGUUUCUCAGCAAAAGAUUUCAAGUGAAUCAAUUAAUGAAAUAUUGAAUACACAAGCGGGAAACCAGUUACUUUCACAAUUUCAAGUAAUGAUAAAGGAAAUAGUUGAAAACGGGGAUGAAGGUGCAAGAUUAGCCAAUUUAUGCAGUACAAGAAUGGGGAGAACACAACAGUUAGCUAAAGAACGCGCUGAAGCUGUAAUGGAAAUUGAUUCUUUCAUGAGAAAUUCGUCAGAUUUUGAUAGAAGAAUACGCGAAAUCAAUAGUCAGUUAAUAAAACUACAAAGAUUCUGCAAUCAAACUGAACAGGCAAUGACGUACUUGGAAGCGCUGUGUGAGGUCGCACGGACUGAAGAUGAAGUAGAUUUGAUAAGACAGCAAGCUAGAUCUGCUGCUACAAUAGUUCAAAUCGAGUCUGAGACACCCAGCAUUUUAACCUCAAUUGGUCAACGCAAAGAAGACGAUGAUAAACAACACCAGGAGGAAUGUUUUUCUUCAGUGCGCAGAUUUUCUACAGCCGAUGGGAUUGGGUCACCAACGGAUCACGCCUAUGCACCUCCUGGAGUUUUAACCAAACUCAACUCAAUUAUAAAAAUCAAGCCUACAAUCCUGAUCCCGAAGAAAAUGUUUUGCGCAUGUUGUAACAAGAAAACCAGUUGUAAUUGCAAAAAGUGUACAUUAGAAUGCUUAGCGUUUUACUCAAGAAAAGAGCGGUUGUUUUUACGCAAUUCAGAAAAGAAACGCUAUCAAAAUGAAAUAGAAAAGCUUCAAGCAGAUAUGGCAUCUAAUUGUGCCGAAAUCGCAUCUCGGUACGAACGGGUGUCAGCAUUGAGAAGCCAAGUAGAAAAUGCAAAAAUGAGAAUUGAAAUUAAAAGAGGAGAAAGUGUUAGUCUUAAGGAACAACUAAGCAAAAAAGAUUUUAAGCAAUUCGAGAUCAUUUUCAAAAGUCAAGAGAAAAAGUUGGAGGAAUUAAACGAUUACAAAAUGAAAUAUGAAAAGGAACUCGAUAGAAAAGAAACAAUGCUUGCUAAAACUCGACACCUUCUUUGCCUCACUGCAUGUCGUAUUUUUCCCAUUCAAGAGAUUGAAGUCGAUGUAGAGGACAUUGAGAAGCCAAUGGAAAGCUCGAAAAAUUGGGCAUUAGUAAAUACAACGGAAGCAGGGAGGCGAUAUAAGAUUAGAGGAGGCUACAUCAAUGAUAGUUUGAAGAACCGCUUGACCACUGCAAUUGCGGGGGGGACUAUUACCUUACCACCAGAGAUGAAGCCGCCAUUCGCAGCUUUCGUACAUACUGUGCAACUGGUACAUCUUCUAAAUGUAAUUUUCAAUUUUCGACCACCACAUCAGAUAUCACACAGAGAGCUGUGCAUUCGUGAACGAUGGUCGAGUGACUGUUUUACUAACGAAUGGCAAAAUUUGUGUGACUCUGUGAUUUAUUUGUGCGCUUAUCUGGGGAUGAAAGCAGCAAACUUAAAAUAUUCUAUUCCACAUGCGAAUAUUCUUGAAUUCGGCUCGUUUGUUCUCGAAACUGGAGACAUAAAAAAUUUAGGAAAUCGACCGCGCUGUGAUAUGUCUACUCUUCAAGAACUUUUUUCGACCGAAAGAGUCUAUCCAACUGAUCGAGAAGAGACUGAAGAGAUCAAUGGUUUUCUUUUAGUUGAUUUGUAA